UGGCAUCGAUCGGGGAGGCAAGCAGUGACAGCAGACUGUUUGGCUGAAUCGCGUUCUCUGUUUACUUUGCUUUUCUCUCUCGCGUAGUGCGAAUCGUAGGAAGAACGGUGCGCUGGUGUUUUUAGUUUUACCGAACGACAUCCGGUAACCGGAAGUUGUAGUGUGCGUGAGUGUGCGAGGUCAAAGUACGAAAAUUAGCAAAGAAGUAUCGCGUGUGCCAAAUCCGUUCGAAACCGCAAGCGACAGCAAACAGCAACAGUGCACGAUGGCAGAAAAUAAAGGAAUGCUGCUGGCGAAAUCCGUCCAGAAACAUGCUGGCCGCGCCAAGGAAAAGCUCCUACAAAAUCUUGGCAAAGUCGAUCGAACGGCAGAUGAAAUUUUCGACGAACAUUUGACAAACUUCAACCGACAGCACACCUGUGCAACCAGGCUGCAGAAAGAAUUCAGCAACUACAUCCGAUGUGUUCGUGCCGUACAAAAUGCCUCGAAAAGCCUCAUGGAAGCCAUUACCGAAGUAUACGAAAGCCAGUGGACCGGCUCGGAAGUGCUGUACGGCCAGGCUAAAACGAUCGACACACAGUACCAGCAGUUUUCGUACAAGCUGGCCGAUCAGGUACUGAAGCAGCUGGACACCUACGCGCUACAGUUUCCGGAAAUGAAGAAAAAGAUUGACAAACGUGGCCGCAAGCUGGUGGACUACGAUAGCCAGAGGCAUUCUUUCCAGAGCCUGCAAGCGAACGCUGCCAAGCGCAAGGACGAUCUGAAGGUUACGCGAGGCCGUGAACAGCUGGAGGAAGCGAAGAGCACAUACGAGGUGUUGAAUUCCGAGCUGCACGACGAACUGCCGGCCCUGUACGAUUCGAGAAUACUGUUCCUGGUGACGAACUUGCAGACGCUGUUCGCGUGCGAGCAGCAGUUCCACAGCGAAACGUCCAAGGUGUACGCGGAGCUGGAAGCGAUCGUAGACAAACUGGCCACCGAAUCCCAGCGCGGCUCCUACACGCUGAAGAAGAUCAACGCUAACUCGAACCCAUCUAGCCCCCAGCAGUCACCGGUGAAGGCGAAUCUGUCGAUUGUGAAUAAUGUCACUAACGGGUCGGCCAACGCUAACGGACAUACUUCCGCGCAAAGUGUGCUACCGUCGCCGAGAACACCGUCACCCAACCAUCAGCUCGACCGGCAGGCGGAUGGGCCAGAAGAUGAAGACGACGAACCUUCCUACCAGAACACGGAAAUGGUAAAGGCGGCGGCGGCGGCGGCGUCGGCCGCGACCAAAGCACCGACCACGAACGGUACCACCGCCCCGGACAGCACGGCGAAGCACGGCGAGCUGGAAUUGAACGGCAACGGCAGCGCACCGAAGGAGAACGGUCAGCCCGCAGCGACAGCGGUGACGGAAAGUGUUCCGGCCACCACAAACGGUACGCUUCAUCACCCGCCGUCUGCAUCCACUAAUCAGCUUCCCCAACCCGACCACCACCACCAAACGCAUCCGCCGACUGCGAACGGGCUGGCCAGUAAUGCUCGGGGGGCGCAAGAGAAUGGGGUACACGAAACGACAGUGACGGGCGCUAGUGCAAACGCAGCUCCGACAACGGAUGUGCCCGCUGCAACUGUUGCCACAACGGCGGAUGCUGCUGCUGCGGCUGCUGCUAGCGCUAAUACAGAUGCUGCCGUUCCAACGCCCACUACUAUCGGUGCAGCAGCUGUUUUGCAAACAACUGCCGGAUCGGUGCGAAUGGACAAGGUAACGCAGACGCCACCACUGCUUCCAGCACAACCGAACGCCGGCAUGGCGGCAACGCUGGCGACACCCAAGACUACUUCCAUAGCAACCCAAAUGUGCACCACCAUGCUGUCAAGGCCUGAGGCUACUGAGACAGCGCGAAGCUUUUCACCGGCUCGAUGCACUGCUGCUGGGUACAACGUAAGCAGCAGCGGUACGCAGUAUGGCAAUGUGUCCACCCUAACACAGCAGCCUAGCUAUUCGCCCUUUCCGUACACCACCGCAAACCGUAUUCUCAACAGCUACAAUAACAAUACUAACACACGAUCGUCACCACUGAUCGCACCACAACAACAACAACAACAGCAACAGCCACACUUAACAACAACACGUGUCAGUUUGAGCAAUAAUAAUUCAAUGUCGGAAAUUAUUUACAAUAUUCCGGUCGGUGCAGCGACAACGGACUUGCCACCGGGUGUUUUGUAUCGCGUGAAAGCUACGUACAAGUACGUCCGGGAAGACGUCGACGAGCUGAGCUUCGAGGUGGGCGAUGUCAUCAACGUGGUUGAGUACGAGGAUCCCGAAGAUCAGGAGGAAGGAUGGCUGAUGGGCAACAAGGAAGGCACAAACGAGAAGGGCAUGUUCCCGGCUAACUUCACCCGGCCACUGUAAAUUCGCCAUUAGUCGGUUCGGUUUUACCUAAGGAUACCGAGACGUUUUAACACCGGAGAAUCCCAUGAAUCGCAAACCAUUUUUUUGUUGUUUUCUGGUCGUCUAAGCUGCAAUGAGUGAAAGGAUAUUCAGCAGCAGCAUCUUCACAAGCCAUCUUCCGAAUAGAACAUCAUAAGCAUGUAGAGUGACCGAUAAUUGUAUCCACACACACACACACACAAAACGUGUUUGUUGCCACCAUCCAUAACGCAGCGGUUAGGCAUUUGAAUAUUAGCUGUCCCACACAUCCCCCCCAAACACACACAGAAAUCGAUAUAGUGUAGCAAAACGUACACCGGGUACACCGUUAUUUUUAAAAAAAUAUUCGAAAUGGAAUUGCAUCAGUGGCGCUCACCCUCCACCCUCAAAUCACCACCAUCCCGACAGUCAGUUAGUAGUUAGUUAGUCAUCCGUUUACUGGCGGGACCGAGUGAGUCACAGGUGGUAGAGAGCGAGCGUUGUGUUGUGUUGCGUUGCGUUGAAAGCAGAUGGUUUCAGUUUUCGGUUUUUAAUUCCCUCACGUUUCACCUCGUAGUAGCCGUCCUGUGUAUUUUUGUUGCGUAUUAUGUUAUUAGUAAUCACGGCGCGCGCAACAUUGCAGCGCAAGCGUGGUGUUUGCGUGCCACCUUUGAUGGAUGGUACCGGGUUUUGGUAGUGAAGCGAAGCAAUGGCGCAAUCUAAUAAUUGUAGUCUUCCCUGUCUUCCCGGUUCCGGUGAAAAAUAAGGCAAAUGUUGCAUAUUAGUAAUAUAUUAACCCCUUUCUUUGUUUAUGCACACCCCUAUGCGCCGCGGCAAUUGUAUGUGUUGCUACGGCUACUGCUGCCCUACACGAAAUCGUUAAUACCGUACGCGCAAGUCAUCAUCUAACUAUCUAUGAGCAUAAUGUCGUCGUUGCGUAACAAUGGAAAACUAAUGAAUAACGUGUGCCUUUUUAUUAAAGAAAAAGAAAAAGAAGAAGAAAGGGAGGGAGCGAGAGAAAAAAGAAGAAGAAAGCAAGCAGAAGAAACUAAGCAAAAGCAAUGAUACGAAAACAAGAGAAAACAAAACAAAAUCGGCAACUAACGAAAUCUUUUUUCUUUCUUUCUUUUUCUGCCUUAAGUUAAGCUGUUAUCAUCUCGUUAUUUUAUGUUAUUUGAAAGGCAAUUGUUCUCGUUGUUUCUUCCCCAUACACAAUCCUUCCCUAACAGAGCUAUUUUUAGUUUGCCCUAACUUUUUUUAUCAUUUUGUCUGUAAAAAAACAAUUCAUGAGAAUCAAAUAUAACUUACUACGAAUACAAUCGACAAACAAACAAAAAUA